GAGGCAAAGGAACUUCUACAGAAUCUGGAGCAGCUUCAGCUUCAGCAGAAUGAGAUGGUGACCCCGCCUCCUCCUGAUGCUGAUCUGGAGACGACAGAGCCUCCAAGCAAGAGGCCGAAGCUUCGAAAGAAACGAUCCAAGGCAGUGCUUGGGGAUGAGGAUGUAGGAAAGGAGAAAGCUACUCCCGAGAAGCAGCGACCCAAGGCCAAACCCAGCAGCAGGAGCCCUCCGCUUAGUGGUGGGGCUACUUCGUCGGGGCAUGAGCCAGUGGUGGAUGCUGGGGAAGAUGCUCAGCCUACUUUCCCUUCCGACUCGCUGCCGACACCUUUCCGGUCGACCCAGAAGCUGGUCACCCCGACUACGGCUUCGGAGACCUCGCCACCCAAGCCGGCAAGCCGCAAAAGCACCCCGAAGGAUCCGCCUCCUGAGCAGGUCCAUGUCUUGAGCCUUGAUCCAGCACCUGAGUUCGCAAUGGACACCGACGACGAGCUGCUCAAGUAUGCUUUGCAUCUCAACAUGAUCGAGGUUUCUUCGGCCGAGGAGGACGAUGUCUACGGCACUCCGCUCAAGGUUACCAAGCCCGAGCCCGACAGCUCCGAGAAGGACACG